AUUUCAUUUAUUGGAUGAUAAUAUAAUAUUAAGAUGAUGACAACUUAAAUGAAAAUAUACAAUACAUAAUGGAAACACUGUUUUAUGUAUUCCAAAAUAAAUUGCCAUGUAAAUUUAGAUAUAUCCCAAAUCAUAUCCGGAAACAUAUAAUUAUUAAACAAAGGAAAAUUGAAAUGAUGAUUAAAUAUUGCAAGAAAAACUGUUCAAAUGAUGUAGUAUUUGAAGUAUAUAAUAAAGUUGGCAAAAUAAUUGAAAGUGCAAAUAAUAGUGCUAAUAUAUAUUCUAUGAUCCAAAAAAUACCUUCUUUAGUGCCAGAAGUUACAAGAACAAUACUUUAUGGAACAAUUAAUAAGAAAAUGCAAAUCAAAUGCCCAGGUUGCUGGCAAAAUAAUCAACUUGCAGGAACAGUAAAAUUAAUAGUGACUGGUGAAACAGAAUUAAAAUUAAAUUAUCAAUAUAUGAUGUUUGGUACUAUUGCAAUUGUUUCUGUAUUUACUGUAGUAAUUUGGAGAGUGUUAAAAGGCAAAACCCGAUUUACGAAGCAUUAAAUGAUAUUACAAAAAUUGUAAACAUUAAGUUACUGUAAAUAUUUCAGUAUUAUAUUAAAAUAGUAAAGAAAUGUUUCUUUUUUUUUCCAAAUAAAUUAAUAUUUUUGAAGUACUUACCAU